GAAAGAAGAAGAAGAGGAAGAAAUAAGGGGCGCAACCGGAUCGUUUACACUGGCUGUUACCGAGGAAAUAUAGACUUCCCUUGCUUGCACCUUUUGUUGCUCACAUGCUCACACUGUAAAAGUGGAUAUCGAGGCAAUUCUCUUGCUUUGUGUGAUUGCAGCAGCAGACUUUUUCCCCCCUUUUUCCUACCGCCAUGUCUUUCCCUCAGCUGGGAUAUCAGUACAUCCGACCGAUAUACCCGCCGGAGCGCCAGGGGAUCGCCAGCAAUGCCCGGGCCGGGACAGAGCUCAGUCCGUCCGGGGCUCUCUCCAACGUCCUCUCCUCUAUGUAUGGAUCUCCUUUCGCCGCAGCAGCGCAGGGCUACGGAGCGUUUCUGCCCUACUCAAACGAUAUAUCAAUUUUCAAUCAAUUGGGUGCUCAGUAUGAACUGAAAGACAGCCCCGGCGUCCAGCACCCAGGGUUUGCCCACCAUCACCCUGCUUUUUAUCCAUAUGGCCAAUAUCAGUUCGGUGACCCAUCCAGACCCAAAAACGCCACCAGGGAGAGCACCAGCACCCUGAAGGCCUGGCUCAGCGAGCACCGCAAGAACCCCUACCCGACCAAGGGGGAGAAGAUCAUGCUGGCCAUCAUCACCAAGAUGACCCUCACCCAGGUGUCCACCUGGUUCGCCAACGCCAGGAGGAGGCUAAAGAAGGAGAACAAGAUGACCUGGGCCCCUCGGAACCGCACCGACGAAGAGGGAAAUGUUUACGGCAGCGAUCACGAAGGGGAGGAGGGGGACAAGAGGGAGGACGAGGAGGAGAUCGACUUGGAGAACAUCGACACGGAAAAUAUUGAGAACAAGGACGACUUGGACGACCAGGACGACCUGCAUUCAGAUAUUAAACUAGACGGGAGGAGUGACUCGGAGAUUUCUGACGGCUAUGAGGAUUUACAAGGGCCCGAUCAGAGGUUUCUAAAGGCUGUGGGGAAAGAGGGCAAAGACGUGGAGAGGGGAGGAGAGCACUUCCACAGCCACCACCACCACCUCCACCACCAUCACCACUCUUCUUUGGACACCAAAGCGUCCCAAGCGAACGGUGAGCAGCUCAAACUGAACCCGGUGUCCGUGAGCUCGCCGCCCUCAGAGAACAGCCCUGCCCCGGCCCAAAAGCCAAAGAUCUGGUCUUUGGCAGAGACGGCCACGGCCCCUGACAAUCCGCGCAAAUCGCCGCAAAUGAACGGCAGCAACUCCGCAGGGCCAGCCGGCCAGACCAUAAUCGCCCCACACAGACUCAUAUCUUCGUGUCCCGUUGGGAAAAUCCAGAACUGGACGAACCGAGCCUUCUCGGCGCAUCAGCUGGCUUUACUGAACUCUAAUCAUUAUCUGGGACUGGCUAACCAGGCCACCGCCACCGGCCUGGCCCUCUACAGCAGCAGGCACACGGAGGACAAGAGUCAUAGUUCAGAGACUUCAGUCACAGGUACAUGUCCCCGACACUGAGACGCGCAUGUAUGAAUAAGUACAAAAACAAAAAAGACACUAGUCCAUUGCCCGUCAUUCAUUUCUAUUCUUUUAGACCUCCCUUUGCCUUCUUUGCCUGUUCAUGGAUUUUUUUUUUUUGUUUCUCUUUUUUCU